AUGUAUCCAAAGUCAGACGUCACAGUCGACGCCUCGAAGUUCGAUCGCAAUGGCAUCGACAAACAAACCCUAGAGUUCAACGAGAAGUUGAUUAAGAUCUGGGCGGAUGGACCGAGGUGGUAUGAGGUCGGCGCAGCAGCCUACCGCCAGAUGCGCUGGGAAGGUAAAACCCCUUUACCCAAACCCGUCGUCUUACCCGAGGGUUUCAACGGCUCUCUCCCCUCUCGAGACGCCGGAAGGGAGAUACCGUAUAGGGUGUUUAAGCCGAGUGGAGGGGUGAGCAGGGGGAUUCAUAUGCAUAUCCAUGGUGGGGGGUGGGUGUUGAUGAGUGAGGCUUACCAAGACCCAUACCUAAAAUACAUGGCCGACCACUUCGAAGUAACAGUCGUAUCAAUCGGAUACCGGCUCGCGCCCGAAGACCCCUGGCCCGCGGGCGCAGAAGACUGCUACGACGCUGCGGAAUGGCUGGUGAAGAAUGGUCCGGAGGUUUUUGGUGGGGAAUUGAUGUUUACGGGUGGUGAGUCCGCCGGCGGCCACCUCGCCUGCCUCGUCGCAUUCCACCUCCUAAAAACGCUCCCCACAUUCUCCUUCCGCGGCCUCCUCCUCCACUUCGGCUGCUACGACAUGUCCUCCUUCCUCCCGCACGUGCUACACCACGAAUCACACCUCGUAAUCGACCACGACGUGAUGAAAUCCUACAUCGACGCCUUACUCCCCAACACCACGGAAGCCGAUCGUCGCGACCCCUCGAUAAGUCCUUUUUGGCAGGAUCUAAGGGGCAUGAAGUUGCCGCCUGCGCUGUUUACGUGUGGGAGUGAGGACCCGUUGUUGGAUGAUAGUGUGUUGAUGGGGGCGAAGUGGGGGAUGUGGGGGGCGGAGAGUGUGGUGAAGAUUUAUAGGGGGGCGCCGCAUGGGUUUAUCGGGUUUCCGCCGGGGACUAUUAAGGCGGUGCAGGAGGUGUUGGAUGAUACUGAGGCGUUUGUUAGGGCGAAGAUGGGGGUUUAG